AUGACUGAGCUGCCCUGGCGCGUCCCGCUGCGCAGGCUGCAGUCGGAGCUCAUGUCGCUCAUGAUGGGCGGCGACGCGGGCAUCUCUGCGUUCCCUGACGGGGACAACAUCUUUCAGUGGACGGGCACGAUCACGGGCGGCGCUGGGACGGUGUACGAGGGCCUCACCUUCAAGCUGUCGCUCAAAUUCCCGACUGGCUACCCGUACGAGGCGCCCGCGGUCACCUUCAACCCGCCCAGCUGCUUCCACCCCAACGUGGACCAGUACGGCAACAUCUGCUUGGACAUCCUCAAGGAGAAGUGGUCGGCCGUGUACAACGUGCGCACCAUCCUCCUCUCCAUCC